UAGAGAAUAUACACACAUAUAUAAAAUAUUCUACUUACUGGAGAAUAGAUACACAUAAAAUGUAUAUAUAAUACAUAUUAUGUAUUCUUAUGCGUAUGAGAUAUAUAUAUAAAUAAAAACGUUAGAUGAUUAAACUGUUACCUAUAAUCAGUUUUCAGAAAGCCCCAACCUAUAGGGUGACACGUGAGAACUGUCAGAUUUCAUUAGGUUUAAGAAGUCCCAAAUUGAAGAAGUUGGUUGCAAUAUAUGAUUCUUCUCUUACUAUGGCUUUUUUCCUCCCCAAAUCAAAAAGUUCGAUCAACGUACACAAAAACUUCAUUUUUCCCCUUAUUGGAAGUAAAAAUUAAAAAAAAAAACAGUCUCCCCAGAGCCAUCUAAGAAGUAGAGCUAUUUAACGCUACAAAUGUCACUAUAAAAAUUAGCUAUGGAUAUAAACUACUGUGUGUAUAUAUACGUGUGUGUAUAUAUGCGUAUGUGUGUGCAUAUGUAUACAUGUGUGUGGAUGGAGACAUAUGUAUAUGUGCACAUAUGUACAUGUGUGUGCCUGUUUAUAGAUUUGCAUGCAUAUGCGUGUGCACACGUGUGAGUGUGUGUAUACACUCCCGGGAAAAGCACGCUGCAGGACAAAGUUGAACCAGGUUUUAGCGCCAUUACCCAGCUGUUCGCAAGCCCGGCUGGGCACAACAGACUAGAAAGAUUUUCUUAAAAAGCAGCAUCUUGAGGCCGACCCUCAAUCUCCCAGUUCAGAAAAGCUGGGAGGGAGAGUUGAAACCUCUGAUUUAAAAAAGUGCGUCAGGCAAGGCAGGUGCAGAGCCAAGCUGGAGAAACCCCAAUUUCAAGUUUCCUACAGCCAGGGGUACAGAUCCCAUUUUUUUAAAAAGUCACAGAAUGCAUCUCUAUGAGGUGUCCUUUCUGGUUUCUAACCGGGAUGGCUCAGUGGACUUCUCCUCUUCCCAAUUUCCUGCUGAAAAAGACAGGAAUGGGAACUUAUCUGGAUGAAACUCCAGGGUUUGACCUGACAGCUGUCAGUCUUCCUGUUUUUUCAGUGUAAUGAGCUUGGGUCCCUUCUCCUCUCCUCUGAUGAUACCUUUCACUCCAUUUUUUGAAGCUGCCAUUAAUAGGAUUGAAGCACUUUUUUCUCUUAAGAUUUAUGAUAAGUUUAAGAAACAUAUAGUUAUUUAAAACCAGAAGCAAACACGUCCAGUAUCCUCUCACAGCUUCACAAAGGGACGGCGGCUUAAAAUCCCAAACAGAUUAGAAGGGUCCAUAAUUAAAAGAUAAAACAUUAAGGGCAAAAUUUUACUAAGACCUGUUGUCCUAGGUUCAAAAGAGAUGUUGGUGGUUGAGAUGAGAAGCACCUUUUUAUAGAUUAUUUUUAAAAUAACCAACAUACACAAGACAUUUGCUCCUGUGAACAAACCAUCGAUUUUAUCCUGAUGGGCCUGUUUGCUUUUCUCUUCAUAACCUCCAAGCUGAAGUCACUAUUUCAGGAACGCGAAUUUCCAGAUUGUCUUCUUGUGCGUGACCUCUAGGAAACUUUCACAUUAUCCGUGAAAACGUCCGCCUGUGAAAGGAAAAGGGAAGGUGGUGGCCCGCUGGAGAAAGUGAAUCCUUAUCCGCAAGGAGUCAUUCCCUUUAAACAAGGUAGGAGGGAUUUCAUAAAUGUGGAAUAGAAGCAGCAGGAAGAGGAGGAGGCAGAUAGGAGGGAGGCAGCGACAUUCAGUAACGUGUAGAACCAUUUUUGGUCAUCACAAUUUGGAGCAUCUGGCGGGUGGAGCCCAGGGAUGCUGCUCAACAGCCUACAUUGCCCGGACGCCCCUCCAGUAAAGAACUACCUGACCCCAAAUAUCAACAGGGCCGCGGCAGAGAGCGCCGUCUGACCACCGAAUGGAGAAAGUUAGGACGAACUUCAGGCAACCUGGGAGUUUUGACUCGGAUCCUGGAGACUCGUCUCCUUGGGUUGAAGUGGCGCAAAAACAACUACAAGAGUUUUGACCGCCUUUGCGCAUCAGCAAUGCCAUUUAGUCAACCCGGCACAGAGCGGCCUGCAUGCCUAAGUAAAGGAUGCCCGUGGUGCCUACUUUCCAUUUGUCAAAUUCAUAAAGAAUUUUUGCAGCUGUGUAGGCAGAAGAUGGUUAUUUGGCAAGCGGGAGUCUCCCGUCGAAACUCUACAGUGUUCAGGUCAUAGGGACCAAAAAUGCACAGGGACCGUAAGGCUGAAUGUCUUUACAGGAUUCAACACCCAGAAGUGUGCCCAAAGUUCUUAAUUGGAAAAGUCUUUGAAAAGAGUCGUUUUUUACGUGUGAUCAUGCCUGAAACACAUAUUCUGCUACCCUUAUGAAAAAAAAAAUUGUGCUCCCUAAAGAACAGAAAGGAAAAAAGUUGGCAUGAAGCCGGAAAGGGGUGCACGUGGUCAAUUACAUCGUUAGGCGGUUAAGCAGUUCCAGCCCGACAGAUUCAGACUAUUUCAAUAGUCAGAGCUGUUUUCUGUCUUCUCUUUGCUCCAGGGGCAGAUGCCAGAGGGGGAAAAACAAAACUAGGGAAUUUAAAGAGUGUUCAGAGGAAUUUUCAAGUCAAUUGCUUUCCCAGUUUGGGGCAAAGCCAGCAAACAGCCCCUGAGAGUUGACCCACGGCCAGGAGGGUUUCAUUCGACUGGUGAAUGAGUGUCACUGUUUCCAGCUGUCUGGCAUCCUUCUGCGAGUGUUACAUUUUGUAAAUCAGAACAGAAGGGCUUCUGUGGAAACCUGGAACAUGACGGACAGCGGGACACCUGGGGAUUUCCCCGUCCAAUCUCUGUGGACAACCUAACUUGAAGCCUUGCCGUUGCUUUGAAGAGUGAAUCAGCUACGCACAUGCGUGGACCGGACCAGAGGUCUGCAAUCCAGGAGCCAGGGAGGGCCUCUCCUGGCAAGAAGACAUUCCCUCGGAGAACCAGCCGUGCUCGCUGGCCGGCAGCCCCGAGGGCACCCCCAUUCAGAUAAUCUCCCCAAUUCCUCCACGUCCCUGGGCACACGGCCAGCCGGAGCCCGUCUGCGUGCUUCCUCAGGGAACAGCUCAGAUAGGACAGGGUGAGGCUCACAGGAAGGCUGGAUACACCCAGCUCUGAAACCCACCCACCACGGAUGCCAACAUCUCUUCAAACAACUGGUAAGCAGAGCUUCCUGGUCACCCCGAGGGCCAUGCCAGGUCAACAGUCACAGAUCCUCAGAAGUCCAAAGCUGGCUUCCCUCACGUCUUUGUGGUUCUGUCAACACACAGACAGGGUGCCAGGCAUAAGCAUUUUUAUCACACAGCGUCAUCCAGCCAUGCUGACAUUCCACCUUCAAUGGGUUUCCAGGGAAACAGAACCAGAAAGUUAACCUGAGGUCAAGUUCCUGCAGAAAGCGAGAGGAUUUGCACUCGUCUGUAGAAAGCAAUUUGCAUCACCAGAUCAUUGUGUAGACCAGUAAACCGACAUAUCGUUCCCCCUCCUAUUAUGGUUUUACACGGUUGACAGCAUACCACACACCCUCCCUACACUCUUACUGCUUUCACUUAAAAUAUGUUGGAUAUAACAAAAUGUGGUCCAUCCAUACAAUGGAAUUUGAUUCAGUCUUGAAAAGGAAGGAGAUUCUGGCACACGCUACAACAUGCAUGAACCUUCGGGACAUGAGGUUCGGUGAAAUAAUCCAGUCACAGAAGGACAAAUACUGUGUGGUUUCACUUCUAUGAGGUCCCUAGAGGAGUCAAAUCCAUAGAGACAGAAAGUAGGUGGUGGUGCCAGGGGCUGGGGGAGGCGGAUGGGGAGCUAGUGUUUAAUGUGGACAGCUUCCAUUUGGGAAGAUGAAAAGAGUUCUGGAGAUGGAUGGUGGGGAUGGGUGUACAACAGUGGGAAUGGCCUUAACAUCACUGAAAGGUGCCUUUGAAAAAAUGGUUAUGACGGUCAAUGUUUUUUUAUGCAUUGACCAAAUUAAAAACAAAUAUAUAUAUCGGAGAUCAUUUCUUAUCAAUAUUCUUAUCACUUCAUUAGGCAUUUUCUUUCCUUGGCACUCCUGCUUUCUAUAUCAGGCAUCAGAAAUCUACAGUCCACGGGCAAACUCCACCUAUUCUUAUAAAUAAAGUUUUACAGGAAGAUAGCAACACUCAGUCAUUUGUGUGCUGCCUGUGGAUGCUUUUCAGCAACAAGAGUGGAAAGAACCAUCUUGGUGGAAAAAUCCAAAAUCUUUAUCAUUUGGCCCUUGACGGACCCGCGUUCUACGUCCUUAACACCGUGUCCAGCAUUUUUAAAGCCUUUUCAAUAGGGAAGAACACUCUUUGAAGAGGUUUUAGCAGUUGUGUUAAAGUUUUAUCGACAGCCUCAGACAGAAUCAAAGUUUCCCGAUUUCAUUUACUACAUUAGUUCAUUGUCUGCUGCCUACGUUAUUACCGACCCCUUUAUUUCUUGCAGGAAAUAAAAAGAGAGAACAUGUUACAUCGGGAACCCUGUCGCUUGUCUUUCAGGAGCUGGCUGGCUGUGACAGUCGGUGUGCUUCUGGGUUGGAAGCCCUCGGCUUGCAGCGACUUACCCGGCUCCCGUCCCAACAUCCUUCUUCUGAUGGCGGAUGAUCUUGGCAUUGGAGACGUCGGUUGCUAUGGCAACAACACCAUCAGGACUCCAAAUAUCGACCGCCUCGCAAAGGAUGGUGUGAUGCUCACCCAGCACAUCGCUGCGGCGUCCGUGUGCACCCCAAGCAGAGCUGCCUUCCUAACAGGCAGAUACCCUGUCCGAUCAGGUAUGGUUUCCAGUAAUGGCUAUCGUGUUCUUCAGUGGACCGCAGCAUCCGGAGGCCUUCCGACAAAUGAGACAACUUUUGCAAAAAUAUUAAAAGACACAGGUUAUGCCACUGGACUGAUAGGAAAAUGGCAUCUGGGUCUCAACUGCAGAUCCUCCAAAGACCACUGCCACCACCCACUCAACCAUGGAUUUGACCAUUUCUACGGAAUGCCCUUCUCCAUGAUGGGAGAUUGUGUCCACUGGGAACUAUCAGAGAAGCGCGUGGGCCUGGAGAACAAACUCAACUUCUGCUCCCAAAUCAUGGCCAUCGCUGCCCUCACAUUCACCACCGGAAAACUCAUCCACCUGAUGGCAGGCUCCUGGGCACUGGUCAUCUGGUCAACCGUCGCCGCCAUCUUGCUCUCCGUGAGCUCAUAUUUCACGGGGGCCCUGAUUGUGCACGCCGACUGCUUUCUGAUGAGGAAUCACACCAUCACCGAGCAGCCCAUGCACUUUCAAAGAACAACAUCUCUUAUCCUGAAGGAGAUCUCCUCCUUUGUCAAAAGAAACAAGCAAGGACCGUUCCUCCUGUUUGUCUCUUUUCUGCAAGUCCACACCCCUCUCAUCACCACCGAGAAGUUCGCUGGGAGGAGUCUCCAUGGGCCGUAUGGCGACAACACAGAGGAGAUGGACUGGAUGGUGGGGCAGAUACUUGAUACUUUGGACGUGGAAGGUUUGACCAACAACACCCUCGUUUAUUUUACAUCGGAUCACGGGGGAUCCUUAGAGGCUCAACUCGGAAACAACCAAUAUGGCGGCUGGAAUGGGAUAUAUAAAGGUGGCAAAGGCAUGGGAGGCUGGGAAGGUGGGAUCCGAGUUCCAGGAAUAUUCCGGUGGCCCGGGGUGCUGCCGGCCGGCCGAGUGAUCCACGAGCCCACCAGCCUGAUGGAUGUUUUCCCCACUGUGGUCCAGCUGGGGGACGGCCAGGUGCCCCAGGACAGGGUGAUUGACGGCCGGGACCUGCUGCCCUUGCUGCGGGGGACAGCGCAGCACUCCGACCACGAGUUCCUGCUGCAUUACUGUGGGAAGUUUCUGCACGCAGCCCGGUGGCAUCAACGGGACAGAGGAGCAGUAUGGAAAGUCCACUACGUGACCCCGGUGUUCCAUCCAGACGGAGCUGGCGCCUGCUACGGGAAAGCGGUCUGCCCGUGCUCAGGGCACGGAGUAUCCCGGCACGAUCCACCUUUGCUGUUCGACCUCUCAAGAGACCCUUCCGAGGCCCACGCCCUCACGCCGGACACGGAGCCCUCAUUCUAUCAGGUGAUGGAGAGAGUCGGGCAGGCCGUGGAGGAGCACCGCCGGACGCUCGGCCCCGUUCCACUGCAGCUGGACACGCUGGACAACGUCUGGAGGCCGUGGCUACAGCCCUGCUGUGGCCCAUUCCCCCUCUGCUGGUGUGAUCAGGAAGGUGACGGAAGGUGA